GAACGAGUAAAGCACAUGGAAUAGAGGGGAGGAGAGAGAUGCACGAUGCACAUACAUGCAUGAACGAACGAGAAGCAUUGACAGGAUAGAGAUAGGAAGAGGAGGAGGAAGGAGAGAGAGAGAGAGAGAGAGUGCUACUGAGAGCAUAAGACUGCAGCACUGAGAGACAGCUGACGGAGAAAAGAGGAGUAGCAGAACGAGAGAGAGAGAGAGAGAGAGAGAGAGGAAUUUAGAGGAGAAGACAGAUGGAUGGUCAAUAGAACAGAGGGAAAGAGAAAGAUUGUGAAGAACUUGGAAAAAAAAAGGAGUAGAAAGGACAAGAAGGAAGACUGCACCUCCAUCCCGCCGUGACGCAUCACUCCAUCAUCUCUCCAUCAGCUCUCCAGCGUUCCCCUCCUCCACUGUAGGAAGGAUGAUCUCUCCAUCUUCAGCUGCAUCCCUCCAUCCUCACCUGGACUCCUGGACUGGAUAAGGCUAGGUACGAUCUAUCAUCAUCAUCAUCAUCUUCAUCAUCGUCAUCAUCAUCGGUGCUAAAUUGUGAUUGACGAACAGUGAGACAGGAAAAGAAACUAUCAACCCAGAGUGUAGACAAGAUCUGGCUGGAUUCCUGGGACAUUCCUGGACCGGUCAAGAGUGAACCCACACCCUCAUACACAUAAACCUCUUAAGGAAUUCCAAGCUCUCUUUGACAAGGACGGAACCUUCCAGGUUUUUCCGUUGCCUCAAGGACUACUCGUUUAAAAAAAGCUCCUCGAGUGGAAGGAACUUAAUUCCUGACCUGAGAGGACGGUGACUCAAUUGUGACACAAGUGUCCACUUACUGUCUCACUGACUUUGGGAACAUUAUUACCCAAGACAUUCUUAUAGGGGACUUUCUGUAUAGGUGCUGAUAAGGUGUAUAAAUGUAUAUAUAGUUAUAUAUAUUUAUAUUGUGCCAGCUUAAAUAUACAGUUGUGGUUAAAUAUUAUGUACUGUGUUCUGCUAUUUUUUUGAGAACUGAAUUUUUUUUGUUAGACGAUCAACUAAAGUAUAAAAAACAGGGUAUAUUCACCAAGUCACUGGACUUUAAUAAGGACUGGACAUUGAGAUCUACUGUAUUAAACUCUUACACUCCGCUAAAGUCUCGAAGCUGUAGUCAAACCUUCACCAUCAACACUAGACCAAGAAGAGUGGCCAGUGGAAGAACAAUGGACAAAAGCAUGCGUCCUCACGUUCCCUGCAAUGGCUGAGUGUCCUUCUUGGAUUAUCCCGAAGACACCAUUCACAGGGUUGUGUUGAAAACCAAACACACAGACACACAGCUGCAGAGACCAUCCAACUCUUUCCAGAGCGAAUGUCCUGUCUGAGGCACCAGCCUGUGACCAUCCCAAUGGAUACCGUCAAGAUCAUCCAGUCGGAGAAAUUCCCACGGGAGUGUCCUGUUCCUGUGACCCAGCCUCGCUUCGCACCUCCUCCCCGUGUGGCCUGGGAUGGAGGAGGUGAAGGCGAGGUCAUCGUCAACCAGGCCUGCAGUGACCUGUCAAUCGAGGUGAACGGGAACACCAUGGUCAACCCUCGUCCUCUGGCAUCACCUCCAGCACCAGUCCUCCGUCGCGAAGCUAGUUAUUUAGCCCAACGCAAGGCUAGCAACAGCGAGAUAUGCUACCACCAAUUCCACUACAAGAUGGAUGACGUAAUCGUGAACCAGUACGUCCUGCGCUCCUCGUCCACCUCAUCCUCCUCGUCAUCUUCAACGUCUUCGGGGCCGGUGAUGCCGUGUGAGCCGCUGGAUUGCCCAACUUGCGGGCACACGUACAACUUUGCAGGGAAGCGUCCGAGAAUCCUGUCGUGCCUGCACUCGGUGUGUGAGGAGUGCCUGCAGAUCCUGUACGAGUCCUGUCCCAAGUAUAAGUUCAUCUCAUGCCCCACGUGCCGUCGCGAGACCGUUCUCUUCACCGACUACGGUUUGGCCGCGCUCGCCAUCAACACCAGCAUCCUGAGCCGCCUGCCGUCUGAGCCCGGAGGGACCGUACAAUGGGGAGGAGAUGCUGACCGCAGCUGCUACCAAACGGUGCGCCAGUACUGCCAAUCGGCUUGCACGUGCCACAUCGCUAACCCGCUCUCCACCUGCGGCAUCAUGUAGACAUAGAUCUAAACCAGUCCACCAGGUGGCACCGUUCGAGCCAAAUCCACCGAACCACAAAACCAGUGACCCCACUAUUCCGAAAGCGCCCUUCCUCUUACCCUGCCAAUGCAGUUACUAUCUAUAGAUCUAUUUAGCACAGACGGUUGCUGUCUGGACUUUAAAGAAGUGAAAGAGACACUUGUGCAAGGAGCCAAGAGAAAUGUUAUAUCAGAGUAAAUGUAUUUUAUGUACGAACUGAUCGACCCCCUUUUUCCCUCCAAAUUCCUGUUUAUCUUGUUUGGAUGUGUUCGUCAUUGACAUCUCUUCACAUGGGAAUGCCAAGGAGACUUUGUCUCCCCCUCUCUCCUGGGAAAAAUAAAGCAAAUAAACGAAUCGA